AUGUCUUCAACUUCAGUUUUAAGUCGUGCGGUUAUGAAAAAAAGUUCCGUUCCUAAGCUCCUUGAGCUUUGUUAUAAAAAAUUAAUUUCCCAUAAGCAUCUUUUAUACAAAGUGGGUAAAGCACCUUACUACUUGUUAAAGCGAGUCCUUCGACAUUGCACUCCGGAUGAAUUAAGGAGUUUGGAAAAAGCAAAUCCGCACCUUAUGGAUGAGGAUAUGGAAUUAUGGAAGGAUCAUUUUAUUCGAGAUCAACCAAACCUUUCAAGAAAGUUUGUUGAUUCAGAUAAUAAAGAUUGGCGUCAGCUUUAUUGGAGAUCAAAAGAAGAACAGGCGGAAAGACUAGCUAGUGCACUUGAAAAAUUACGGCAAUCUAAAAAACAACAUGAUCGACAAAAAGAAGAAAAGAAAAUAAAAAUUCUACCUGGUUGGCAAAAACUAACUCCUCUUCAAAAGUUACGACGAAAUUAUGAAAGGAGUGAUUAUUAUCGUCCAGUAUUUAAACAACAGGAAUCGAUUACAUCAGCAAAUAGUCAAGUUGCUUUAAAAAACAAUUUACGUCAUGAGCCGUAUCCUACUGUUGGACCAAUAAAUUCGCGUGUCACAAGUUCCUCUGCCACUUCUGUACAACAUCAUAGAACUAUGAACACUGCUCAAACAAGAAAACCAGUUUCAAGUGCAUCAAUUCACUCAAAUAAAUCGUCGGCACAUAUUCAACAAAAUCGAAAUGUUAAUGGUGGUAUCAUUCGCCGAACUUUAGAUUCACGGUCUUCAAUUUCGGUAACUAAACCUAACUCGCGCUCUACAUUAGCCGCCUCAACUAAAGUAAUUGCCAAGACUACAAAAUCAUCAGAUAACUCUCACGUUAUAAAGACGAAGUUGGAUGUUCGUCAACAACUUUAUCCUAAGAAUCGUUGUGAUAUUCAAAAUGCUAAAACUACUACCAUCAAAUCCUCUAAACAUUUAAAGCCUAAAAGAGUAGCUUGA